AUUUUUAGAUAUAUUUUUUUAUUUUUUAUUAAAAGUUUUUGCCUUUUAUAUAAUAGGGCUGUGUUUCCCAAAAGCAUCGUAGAGACCAUUGGUGACAACUGACCCUUUGCGUGAGUUUGAUUGACAGGCGAUCUAUCCAAUCAUAGCGCCGAAUCCGCCAUUUUGUCUGACAAAGCAGUCAGGGGAGUUAGCAAAUUAACGUUGGUUGACUUAAACUUGAAAAUUGAUGUGUACUGACUUAUUUCUGUGGUUGAAAUGUGGUUCAUUCAUGUUAAUUUGAUGAUAUAAAUUAACUAAGAAGAGAUGAUCAGUUUAUGAGCUGCUUGAUCUGAGAUGCUACAGCAAUCUGUCACGACACAUUAAAGAGCAGCAAAACAGUAUUUAUUGUUUAAAUUUCUUAAAAAUUACAAAAUUUGAAAUUUGAGACUUUGUUUCAUAUCAAAAGUAACCUGCUCUGUCUUUGUCUGUCUAUAUGUUGUCAGUGUCCUCUUUGAUCUGGGAUGUAUUUUUCACUGCGUGUGCGUGUGGCGUGAGAGCAGCAUGGCUUGUCGGACAUAGCAACAGUAACUAAAGGAGGCAGGUCUUUGCAAACGUUUGAUUGACCAUAUGUUGACCAAGUUGCUUCCUGGUUUUCGUUAAGACAGUGUGGGCAUUUCCGCAGGGGUGGAUCUACCUGGGGUUGUUUCUAGAGUAUGUGGUUGAUAGGGUGUUCUGGGUGAACACACAGACAUUCACACUUCUGUUAGUAACAGAAACUCAAAAAUUGUUUGCAAAACUGUGGAAAUUCAAAAGUUUUUGUUGCUCUUUAACUUGCACUGAAACCAUUGAAGUAGCCUAUGCAAUAUGAAUAAAACGUAUACAAGCUCAGACUCAUUUAGAAUCUGUUGAUGUUUUUCAUAUAGUUUCAUGACUUGGUGCCUUGAUGGAUAUUGGAAUCUUGUUAUUUAUUUUAAGUUUUUACACAGUAUAGAUGGUUACUUUGUGGUAAUGCAAUAUUUGUGAACACAAUUGUAUAUGUCAGAGACCAUAAAUCUCCAAAAAACUAUGCUUAGGCGCUUGGACCUCAUGUCACCGUAUAAAUAAUUUUCUAGAUCCACCCCUGCAUUUCUGGUGAACUGUUAGCCGAUCAUUCUGUUCUGUGCAUUUCUUAAUUUUUACGAGUCUUGUAAAUGCAUUAUUUUUUAGACUGACCUGGCUCUAUACAAAACCAUUCAAAGGUUCGCGAGCCGGGACUCGAAAACCUGGUUUACAAGCGUGUUAUUUAACUGUAUUUUGCAGAGUUGCUUACAAAUUCUGGUUGUUUUGUAUUGUUGUUUUUCUCUCUUUUUUUCUUUCCUCUAGUUUUUAGGCCUUAUCUGACAAUUGGGAAUACCAAUCAUGAAUGUUGAUUAAUUGUACACUGAAAUACAGAAAAAUCAAUGUAGAAAAAGCAAAACUGUCACUGUACUCGGGUGAAGGUGAAUAGAAUGUUGAAUCCAUAUAUCAUAUAUUACUAUUAUUGUGUAUUGUUAAUUAUGAUAGUGUGUUUGCUUCAAAACUGCGGAGAUGUGAUUUACUGAAUGCGGUCCCUUUAAGAAACGUGACACCGUGCGCACUGAGGAUGCGCAGAAGAUAGCCUCUAUAGAGACCCUCUAUAGUUUCUCUCUCUCUCUCUCUCUCUCUCUUUGUUGUUUCCUUUGAUGAUAUUAUGAAUGUAACUGUAAGUGUAUGUUAUAAUGUUCUUGUUAAUGCCAUAAAAAGAGAGACAGAGAAGCGUGAGAGACGAGACGAGACGAGUGCUGAAACUCACCGUUUGAAGCUAAAUUUGACAUUGUAAACGAUCGUGAAUGAAGGACAAAUGUGGAAUAUUUUCUUCGGAUAUAUUUUCAUUCUGCAGGUCAGACAUGUUCCCUUUUUAAGAUCUGGUCCUGUGGGCGUCAGUAUCACACAGUGAUCACAGUUCACACCUGCAGUGAAGCUCCUCCCACAACAAUUCACCAAUAAAUACUGGGAAUAUUCACAUCAUCCUACAAGAGAAGGACAAACUCCAGGUGUAGCAGCUGAAAUCUGUGUGACUGUUAAAGAUGGAGUUUAUUAAAGAGGAGAUUGAAGACAUGAGUGAUCCAGAACCAUCCAGAAUAAAACAUGAAGAUACUGAGGAACAAAUAGAUCUGGUCCAGUGGGUGUCAGUAUCACACAGUGAUCACAGUUCACACCUGCAGUGAAGCUCCUCCCACAAACAAUUCACCAACACAUACUGGGAAUAUUCACCUCAUCCUACAAGAGAAGGACAAACUCCAGGUGUAGCAGCUGAAAUCUGUGUGACUGUCAAAGAUGGAGUUUAUUAAAGAGGAGAUUGAAGACAUGAAUAUUUCAGAACCAUCCAGAAUAAAACAUGAAGAAACCGAGAAACAAAUAGAUCAGAUGAAAGUGAAGGAGCAAAGACAGAAACUAAAUGAAGUAAAGAAACACUGUGACUUCAAACCUCAAGGAACAAAAGCCAAAAAGCGGCACACCUGCUCACAGUGUGGAAAGAGAUUCACACUAAAAGGAAACCUUAAAAAACACAUGAGAAUUCACACUGGAGAAAAACCGUUUACAUGCACUCAGUGUGGUAAAGAUUUCAUUUUUCCAUCACAACUAAAACAACACCUGAAAGUUCAUUCAGAUAAGAAGCCUUAUGUGUGUUCUUUCUGUGGAAAGAGUUUUCCAAGGAUGAACAGUUUUAAACGGCACCAGGAAACACAUAAUGAAGUGAAUGAUCGUGUGUGCUGUGACUGUGGGAAGAGCUUUAUUGCACCUAGUCAUCUGAAACAGCACCAAAGAAUUCAUACUGGAGAAAAACCUUACACAUGCUCUCAGUGUGGAAAGAGUUUUAAACAAAAAGGACACCUUAAAAUACAUAUUAGAAUUCACUCUGGAGAAAAACCGUAUACAUGCACUCAGUGUGGAAAGACUUUUUCUCAAGCAUCAGCUCUCAGUUAUCACCUGGAAGUUCAUUCAGGUGAGAAGCCUUAUGUGUGUUCUCUCUGUGGAAAGAGUUUUUUAAAGUUAGAUAAGUUUAAACUGCACCAGAAAACACAUAAUGGAGUGAAAGAUCAUGUGUGUUGUGACUGUGGAAUGAGCUUCACUACAGCUGGCAAUCUGAAACGGCACCAAAGAAUUCAUACUGGAGAAAAACCUUACAAGUGCUCAUAUUGCGACAAGCGAUUCAGUUGGUUGAGAUUACUGAAAUCACAUGAGCGACUUCAUACUGGAGAGAAGCCGUACCACUGUACUCAGUGUGAGAAGAGUUUCAAAGAUGCAACAUGUUUGAGAAGUCAUCUGCUCCUUCACUCUGGAGAGAAACCAUUUCACUGUGAUCAGUGUGGUAAAGAUUUUAUUUUGUCAUCUGAUCUAAAGCGACACCUGAAAGUUCAUUCAGAUGAGAGGCCUUAUGUGUGUCCUCUUUGUGGAAAGAGUUUUUCGUGGCUGAGCAGUUUUAAACGGCACCAGAAAACACAUGAUGAGGUGAAAGAUCAUGUGUGUUGUGACUGUGGGAAGAGCUUUACUACAUCUGGCCAUCUUAAACGACACCAAAAGAUUCAUACUGGAGAAAAACCUUACAAGUGAUCAUUUUGUGACAAGAGUUUCGCUCAGUCUGGACAACUGAAAAAACAUGAGCGAGUUCAUUCUGAAGAGAAGCCGUACUGCUGUACUCGGUGUGAGAAGAGUUUUAAACAUUUAAGAAGCCUUCAUGAUCAUAUAAAAAAUGUUGCAAGUGAGCAACAUUUAUUUUUCAUGUCAAAUAGUAAAUAUGAAAUAAAAUAAUGGAGUUUUUCUACUCAACUCUUACAGUGAUACUAAAUUGUCUUCUGAUAGUUACUAAAAUUAAAUAGCAAUAACAUCUUUGUCUUCAUUAAUCUAUUUAAUGAACACAGAGAAUGAGUUAAGUUUAAACACAUUAAUGAUUUUUUUUUGUAUCAUUCUAUUUUAAUACUGUGAUAAAUAUGUUUGGGAUGUACAGUAUUAUUGAUUUUAUUUUUUAUUUUUAUAGGGUUUUUAUUUUUUUUGUUGGUGUUUUUGAUCACAGUUCACAUAGAGAUCAUAGAGACCAUUGGUGCCAAUUGCUCAUGCACAGUUACUUCCGGGUUUUCGUUAAGCCAGCUUGGGCAUUUCCGGUGAACUGUUAGCUGAUCAUUCUGUACUCGCUGUGGAUUUAUGAAUUUUGGUUUGUAAAUGUAUUGUAUUAUAUUACAUCAUAUUAUAUUAAACUGACUUCAUUGAUUUACAUUCUCAA